AUGCAGAAGCAACAACACACCAUCAACGUGCCGCUGCUGAGCUCGAGCUACCGCAGCGGAUCGACCGAAACGCUAGGGCUCGACAAGCUCGAAAGGGAGUUGGGCCACGACCCCUACGACGACCGGAUCGGGCACCCCUCUCCCUCGCCUUCGAGCUCGGGGUCUAGGAGGCCCUCGUGGGACUCGCGCAGGAGCAUCAUACCGGAUAGAUGGCUGCCGCACCUUUCAACUCUUGGCAGGCUCAGACCUCACGUCGCGCUCGCCGUCGUGCUCGUCGUGCUCUUCCUGAUGCUCCUCGUCGCCCUCAGCACAGCACGGCACCAUGGCUAUCUCGCCUCCGGGCUCAGUGAUGGCGCGGGCUACGACCAAGCCAGCGGCCUCGAUUGGUCCGCAGAAGACCCCGUGCUCAGAAAUUAUGAUUGGCAAAAGAAGCGGCCCCACGAUUCGUUGACGAGGAUGGUUGAUGCGCUCACAAAGGUCAGGCAGAUUCCCCGGCCUCCGAUUGUUGAUUGACCUAACCGAGCUCGCGAACGAACGCGCGAGCGGGAGAAACCAUCCAUCUCGCCGCAAGUAACACCAAGUCGACUGACCCAAAUAAAAAAACCUCCCAAUUCGGACAGGCUGAAGCAUCGACACGGGAAUGGCUACUCAUUACGAGGCCCGUCUCGCAGGUGGGAACCCCGAUCGGAGUAGCCCAGAGUCCAGCUCCGUCGCCGAUUCGAGCAGGGCCCGCGACCGUGCAAGUCGGUGCAGGACCUGGCCCGUAUAGACGAGGCUCUAGAGUAAAGUUCGUUCCAAUUCACAGGGCCGCAGGCGUGUGACGGUUCUGACUCUUUUAUUUGAUUCGUGAUCCAGGUGGGCGGCGCUUCAGGAGGAAUGGGAGACCGGGCGGCAGCCAUCGCACUGCCAGAAUGCGCCUUGGAUGGAGGACUAUGCAAAGUUGCACCACGACAUAAUAAAUGGCAAGCGGCCAUCCAAAGUUCUCGAGGUGAUGUGUCGUAAAGGUGUUCAGUGCGGAGGCAGUUCGGACAGGUGAGUCGAAGACGGGUAGACUGUUGAAGAGGGCGAUAGAUGGGCCAGAAAAUGCUGAUCCGUGGCGUUGGCGCGCUGCAGGCUGCUCGGCAUCUUUUCGUCGCUUCUGUAUGCUGUGCUCACGGAUCGUGCGCUGCUCAUCACGUGGGAAGACCUCCCCUUCGAGCUCUUCUUCGACUCGGUCAUCAUCGACUGGGCCCAACCCGAGAUGCCCAAUUCGCAUCGCUCGAUCCACCCUAAACUCGCCUUGAAGGGGGAAAAGCAAUUCAUCAGCUCCAUCACCCCUCCACGAGCGGAUUUAGACCGGUUCUUUUCCCAGGAUGUCUUUGAGGAGAAGAGGAACGAGCCCAGUUGGCUUCAGGUCGGUGAAACAUCUACAACAUCAUUCAGGUCUAACGCUUCUGACCCUCGGCUUUGCUCAUCCGUGUCUCGUACAUAGCUCAUGACGAACCGCGGAGUCACACUUCGGUCGUUCAACUACCCCAACGUCGCGCAGGCGAUGCGAGAGCGAGGAUUCGAUCCUACAACCGCAUACGCCUGCAUGUCCGAUUUCCUCUUCCGGCCCAAGCCCAACCCGUUGCGCUUCAUCGCCGAGUACAGCUCCUUUUUCAGCUUGCCGACCGUGUAUUCGAUCGCGAUCCAGAUCCGAACGGGCGAUGAUGCGAUGGUGAGUUCAGUUAUUCAGACCGUCCGUGCUUCGCCUCUUUUUUUCGUUAAUGAACCCCCCACCUCAAUCUUAAUCCAUCAGACCGAUCCCCAACGAGAUAGCCUAAACACUGUCCAGCGCCACAGCAACUUCUUCAAGUGCGCCGCUACGAUCGCCAAACGCUACGCCCGAAAGGACCAAAAAGUCAUCUACUACCUCGUUACCGAUUCGCACACAUUGGAGGAAGAUGCGUUGCGUCAUUUCUCGGAUCGCGUCGUCAUUACGGGGUUGAGUCGCUCGCAUCCCGAGAUUCAUCAAAAGACGGAAUCAGCGGCGAAGGGGCAGGGCAGCAUGUAUGACGUGCCGGAACACGAGAAGAAGAGGUUGCUUGACGGUACGACGGAUGCGUUGACCGAGAACUGGAUUAUUGGAAGUAAGUAAAAGCCAGCGCAUCGUAGAGGAUCUGGCGGCGUACUGAUGACGUGCCCCGCUUCCCAUCAGAAACCGACUUCCAGAUCUUGUCGUUCGCCAGUGGUUUUGGGAAACUUCGUACGUCCCACUGAUCCAGCACGAUCAUCUCCUGAGGAAAGAGGGACUCACAACCACUCCGUCUUGAAUACAUUCACAGCCGUGUUCAUGAAGGGCCUCGACAACCAGACGAUCUCGUUGGUCGCGCAUGAUUCGGACAAAAAUUUCCCCGUCGAGUUCGCGCUCACCGGGCCGGGGGAACAGGACUGCGCCAAUCUUGAUUCGUGCGUGUUUGAGGUUUGA